AAUCAUGAAUCAUUAAUCAUGAGUGGUUUAAUAUUUUUACUUGGUACUUUUGUUUUAACAAAUGGUCUUCCAACAUCGAAAAUAGCUGGUGGACAUGAUGCUGAUGAUGGAAAAUAUCCAUAUAUAUUUUCACUACAAUCUAACGAUGAACAUUUAUGUGCUGGUGUUAUUUUUGAUGAACAUCAUGUUAUAACAACAACAUCAUGCACAAAUAUUGAUGUUGAUUUAAGUAAAUUGAGAAUAGUUGUUGGAUCAAAUUCAUUAAGUGGUGGGCAAAAAUAUAAAACAAAUGAAUCAGCAACUCAUGCUGAUUAUGAUAACUAUUUUAGACAAUCUGAUAUUGCAAUUUUAAAAACAACAGAACCAAUACAAUUUAAUGAUAAAGUUCAACCAAUUAAUAUUACAUUUAACAAUGUUUAUGAUACAAAUGAUUAUCCAGUAAUACUUGCUGGUUGGGGAUAUACAUCUGAAAAUGGACCAACAUCUGAAAAACUUCAAGAAAUUGAUUUAAAAAUAUUAGACCGUGAAACUUGUAAGAGAAGUUUAUGGGUAUCAAAUAGCCAAAUUUGCACACUUGAAAAUGGAAAUUCUGGUCCUUGUUAUUAUGACGGAGGUAGCCCGCUAACAACUGAUGGAAUUUUCAUUGGAUUAUUAUCAUAUGGAAAACCUUGUAGUAGUGGAUCACCAAUGGUUUACACUAUUGUUCAUAAACACAUGGACUGGAUAAACUCAGCAAUUGAGUCUUUAUCAAAAAAAUAAUGAAAAUUAUUUAUCAAAUAAUGAUGCUUACAGUAAUGAUGACGAUGCGAUGACGAUGAUAACAAGUAAAAAUUUACCAAAAAUCAGGAUCAAA